AUGCAUGCUGGAGGGUGGACAACAGCCACUGGAGUAACUACAGCCACGUCUUCUGUACAGAGGCAGUUCGGCUCUUUUUUCGUCUCCGGGAAUAAGCAUCGCAGUUUGGAAGACGGGUUCGGUGCCACGACUUCUAUCGGGUUACAGCCGCUAACUGAUCUUCAGAGCAAAAACUUGUUGUUGACAACCCCGGUCGACAAUGUACAGCCAAAGAGAAGAGGCAGCAUCCGGAUCGAAUUGGAGCAGCAAAGUGCUGGAGCAGGCUCCAUUGCGCAUAAUUCGCAUCACCAGCAAGACCAUUCGAGCUUUCAGAGCUUGAUGGGCGGUAGCGGCGUUGGGAGUCAGAAUACCUCAAAACAGGAACAAAAAGCGUACUUGUCGAAAAUGAUGGGGAAAGUGGGGUGCUGAAAUUAGUCGUGUUGCACAACUUCUAGCGAACAACUUCUACUCUUGAGUAGAUGAAACGAAGAUCGUAUAAAGAAAACAACCGUAAUAUCAAGAAUGCUCGAUUUCUAAUAGUCUGUCCAGCUAGUCCUGAUGCAUCGUGUACAAUUUGGAAAUUUACUUUUGUUGUUGAAUACAUGAGGAAGAUUGUGUACCAGAAAAAAUUUUAAGAAACGCUGCAAGAAAAAAGAAAAUCCGUAUGAUAAUGAUUCAUGAAGUGAGUAAGUUUAAGUACAACCUGUUUGAUUUCCAAGUGACAGUCAGUGCGACAGUUGACAUUAGAGUCUGAAUAAUUUGAGAUUGUUCUUUGACAAGAGAUGUACCCAUGAAAUACAACUACCCAUGAUGAAAUACAACUUUUGUUUGGGACGGCAGGCACCAUGAUCUUUUGCUUUCACAGUUGUUA